CUUGCUUAGUAAUAAUUUCGUCACACAUGGAAAUGCAUACAUAACCCGACAAAAAAACCUUUUGUUCUUUAUCCCGUUAACACACAAACUUCUUCUAUACAAUGUCGUUAACAGAAUCACCACAAUCUACUUCUGACCGGUCAAAGACGCUUUUUACCUGCCUUGCCUGUCAUGUCGCUUUUCCAACUUCGGAGGGUCAACGAAACCAUUACCGUACAGACUGGCACAAGUAUAACUUGAAACGCAAAAUUGCAGAGCUUGCACCCAUCAGUGCUGAGCAAUUUGCAGAAAAGAUCAAUGCAACACAAGCGAAAGGCCGAGAAGAACAAGAACGUAUGGGAUUAAUAUAUGAGUGCUCUGUGUGCAGGAAAUCGUACUUUUCAGAGAAUGCCUUCAACAACCAUAUUCAAUCCAAGAAACAUCGAGAACUGGAAGAGCAGGCAGAGCUGAUUGAUGAGGAUAACGAGGAGGAAGAGGAACAUGGUCACAGCGACGAGAAAAGGGAAACCCAUAACAAAACAGCAAUUGAAAAUUCAGAGCAUGAGUGUCUGUUUUGCCCAAACAUCAGCAACGAUUUUGACGGCAAUAUGGAUCACAUGAAAAAAGCACACGGGUUCUUUUUACCUGAUGCAGAAUACCUCCAAAAUACCAAGGGAUUGAUCGGCUAUCUCGCCAACAAAGUCAAUGGUGCUAUUUGCUUAUAUUGCAAUGGACGUGGGAAAGAAUGGAAGAGUCUGGAUGCCGUGCGUGCACAUAUGGUUGAUGUUGGUCACUGUAAAAUGGCCUAUGAUGAGUCAGAAGCUCCUGAAGAGCUACUAAAAUAUUAUGAUUUUGGUGAUCUGGACCAGGAUGGCACCUCACCAUCUUCUGCUACUGUCGCUGAUAAAUCCAGCGAGCUUGUCCUGAACAAUGGAUUACGAGUGACCCAUCGGCGCUUUUUGAAGCCCCACAAGAACCAUCGUAAAGAGGUUGAAGAUGUAGCAGCAGCAGCAGCAGCAAAUGAUGAUGAUGAUGUUUCGGUAGCAUCACUGCCACGAAGAGAACGGCGGCAUCGACUCGCCAUAACGGACGGGAAAGCAGCACAGCAGCAGCAGAGCACAGCUCAAGGCAUUCGUGCAGUUUCAGCAAAGCAGCAUUUCGAGCAACAAGUGUCUGUAAAGCAUAACUUGAAUGUAACACGUCGAGCUCGUGAUCAAGUCCCCAAAUAAAAUAUUUUUAUUUGUCUAUAUGCGUCUUUUGAGCUUUGUUUAUUAUGUAUGCCGCAUAUCAGUAAGGAGUUGUGGCAAUUUUUUAUUGCUACAUGUCAA